CGGCAACUAAACCUAUGAGCAGCGGCUCAGCGCCGCCGCGCACUCCGCCCGGCGCGAGCGGCAGGGUGCGCGAGCCCACGCCCGAGACGACGGCACGCAAAGCCGCAAAGCUUGGGGGCGGCGGCAGCAGCUGGCCUCCGGCUGCGGACGAGUGGGAGCUCGACGAGCGGCAGCACGAGCGGCCUAGGAAGCACGUGCACGACUGCGUGCACCGCGAGAUCACGCUCGAGCCGCUGCUCGACGCCGUGACGCGCACCAAGGCCUUCCAGCGGCUCGGCUCGCUGAGGCAGCUCGGCUCGACGCACCGGGUCUGGCCGAACGCAACGCACACGCGAAAGGCGCACAGCCUCGGCGUGGCGUACCUGGCGGAGAAGCUGUGCAGAAACAUUGCGCAGCGGCCGAUGCCCCACGGCGUGCAGCCGCCCGACGAGCGCGACAUUCUGCUCGUCAAGCUCGCCGCGCUGUGCCACGACCUUGGCCACGGCCCGUUCUCGCACACGUUUGACAACUUUGUGGUGCCGGCGGCGGCGCGGCGUGCGCGGGACGAGGGCGACGCCGGGCUUGCCAAGGUGCUGGAGAAGCACAAGCACGAGCAGCUGUCUGUGCGGCUGCUGCGCAAGGUGUUUGCCCAGCCGCCGCUCGCGGCGCGCGAGGACCGGCUGACGGAGGCGGAGCUAGUCUUCGUCGAGGAGCUGAUCCUCGGCGGCGACUUGAAGGGAGGGGUGGACGCGCGCAAAGGGCGCGGCUGGGACAAGCGCUACCUGUACGACAUCGUCUGCAACGCGGACUCGGGGCUGGACAUGGACAAGCUCGACUACCUGCGCCGCGACCCUGCCACGGUCGGGAUGAGUGGACUGGUCGUCCCGCUGCUUGAGAACGCAGAGGUGCGGCUGGCGACCUUUGGCGGCGAGGCGCGCGCGCGGCCGGUCAUCUGCUACCCGGACAAGAUGUCUCCUUCGCUUUUUGAGGUCUUCCGCAAGCGCGCGGAGCUGCACUGCCAGCUCUACACGCACAAGCACGUCGUGGCGUGGGACCUGCUGCACCGCGACUUUCUGCUCGCCGCCGACGCGCUCGGCCCGGUCGUGGGCAGCCUGCGCCUCGCCGAGACGGACGCCUUCCUCAAGAUGACCGACGAGUCGGUCAUGGCGCGCUUCGAGGUCAACGAUAACUACAAGUGCGUGGGCGACCAGAUCUUCAGCCGCAAGCUCACGCGCGAAGAGCUGGCGAUGGGCAAGGCGGAGCAGGAGCGGCUGGUGCGCAGGCUGGAGGACGGCGUGAGGGCCGCGGUGGGCGCGCGCGGGCUGCGCUCCGACAGGGCGAGCCUCGAGGUGGAGACUCGGCAUGUGCACCACGGGCAGCGGGGGAGGAGCCCGCUCGACAGCCUGCGCUUCUUUGGCAAGGGCUCCGCGCGCGACGAGCACGCGCAACCCCUCCCGCAGCGGCAGCGACACGACUGCCUUGUCCCGGCCAGCUUCGAGGACAAGGGCGUGCGCGUCUUCUGGAAGGGGCCCCCGGAGGACUGCGAGGACGUGCGUGAAGCCGUGCUGGCGUGGGAGAGGCAGGAGGCGCAGGGCCGCGAGAGCGACGGAACUUUUGAGUCACAGUAG